CCGGGAUGCUUUGCGUUCAUAACCACCCGCCCCAAAAUUUCCCCCACUCAGGGACGGGCAAGAGACCGGGUUUGAUGGAAUUCUCUAGAUCAGGCUCAGAUUCACUGAGUGGGGGAAAUCUUGCAAUCAACCGUAAGAAUUCGCGCGUACGUUUCAAAAUCAUCUCCCUGCCAUUUAGGACUAUAAAAGAAGUGCAUUUAGCGCCUGCGAUAGAAAGAAACGGUUUAAGAGUUUUACCUUCCUUUUUUUCUUGUCCCUGAUUUGAAUCCUCUUCGCUGUUCCACGCCACGCCUCGUGUAGGAAUAUUUUUGGAUUAAAAGGGUUUUGGGCGAUAAAUAUAUUGACGAGUGAAAAAUGGAUGAGACUAUAAGGCAAUUCCAGCAAAGUUUGAUUGAGCUUGAAACUGAAGCUGAGCAUCUUCUUCUAGCCCGACAUCAGUUAGUUGAAAAUGAUAAAGUGAGGAAUGGGAACAGGGAAACACUAACAGCUUUGAGGAAGAGGGCUAGGACAAUGAAAACUAGUAUUCCGUCUCCUUUUGAGUCAAUAAUGAAGGAUAUCGGGAAUCCUGGAUCAAGGCCUUUGGUGAAGGAGGUAUGUGCAAGCUGUGGUGACCAUGACGCAAGUGAGCACACAUGGAUGAUGUUCCCAGGAACUGAUAUCUUUGCUAGAAUUCCAUUUCAUGCUGCCCAUACUAUUUUGGAGACAGAUCAAAAACGACUUGAUUAUGAAGCAAAAAAAUUGCAAAGCUAUGUGAAGGAGAAGUCAUUUCAUAUCUCAGAAAAAGGUGCCCUUGCUGACAAGAUCAGUCCUGGUGUGCUCCGAUCUCUAGUAGCCUUGUCAGACAAACCAAAAGAGCACGGCAAUAGUUAAGACUGGCUGAAGAUGCACAGAUUUUGAUGAUUUUGACGUUAGACAAGAUUCUGAGGAUUCACCUUUUAUUUCUUUGUUAACACGUUUGUGCUUUUGUUGUGAAGGCGUCAAAUUAUGGUGCAACAGUAAGUUCGUGUGGAACAAAAUGAAAUGCCCAGAACUGCUAGCUUCUCUGCAAGGUUAUAAACGGUGGUAAUUCAUUUCAAAAUGAGUCAUUGGCAUGCCAACGGCUUUAUACUAGUUUAAUUAUGUUUAUUGGGGCCCAAAAAAAGGCCUUAAAAUUACAGGUGAUAGUUGUUUACAGCAGCAACAGAUUUGAGCUGAUGGAGGCUUGUAUUUAUGUUUGGCUCAAAAAUGAGUCGCAUUAGUGCUAAA